AUGGAUGAAACAUUUGUUCUUUUAGGUCCGGGAUGCUCCUCAAUUGCUUACGGACUGGCAGAGGAGUUGGGGCCUUUUCAUGUCACUGCAGAUGGAAAGGGGAUUUAUUUGAAUCCGUAUUCAUGGAAUCAAGUGGCCAACAUUCUGUUCCUUGAUUCCCCAGUUGGUGUUGGCUUUUCAUAUUCUAAUAAUUCAGAUGAUGUGUGGAACAAUGGAGAUGCAAGUACAGCUAAGGAUUCCCUGGAAUUUCUUAAGAAAUGGUUUAAGCAGUUUCCUCAAUAUGAGGGGCGUGAUUUUUAUUUAACUGGAGAAAGCUAUGCAGGACAUUAUGUUCCUCAGUUGGCCCAAGCCAUUGUGAGGUAUCAUCAAUUGACAGUAGAGACAUCAAUUAAUCUAAAAGGGUAUAUGGUUGGAAAUGCUGUAACUGAUGAUUUCUAUGAUCAUUUUGGGGUUUUCCAAUUUAUGUGGGCUGCUGGUUUGAUAUCAGAUCAAACAUUCAAGCUAUUAAACAAUUUAUGUGACCAUGAUUCCUUUGUGCAUACAUCGGAAGAAUGUGAACGUAUUCUUGAUGUUGCUUCAGAUGAGCUUGGUAAUAUUGAUCCCUAUAGCAUCUUCACUCCUUCCUGCACCGGUAGCGGUACCUUUUCGAGGAACAAGCUGCUGAAAAGAAUGAGAAUUGGGAAGAUGUCUGAAAAGUAUGAUCCAUGCACCGAGAAACACUCAAGGGUUUAUUUUAACUUGCCGGAAGUUCAAAAAGCAAUUCAUGUUGAUCCAUCUUUUGCUCCAUCGAAGUGGGAUACUUGCAAUGACAUUAUUAAUGAAAACUGGAAGGAUUCCAAUAAUUCUAUCCUGCCAAUAUAUAAGGAACUUAUAGAUUAUGGACUUCAAAUUUGGAUGUUCAGCGGAGAUACAGAUUCAGUAAUUCCAGUAACAUCCACCAGGUAUAGUGUGGAUGCACUCAAGCUUCCAACUGUCGUUCCCUGGCAUGCUUGGUACGAUGAUGGCCAGGUUGGUGGAUGGACCCAAAUAUACAAAGGACUAACUCUAGUAACAGUAAGGGGAGCUGGUCAUGAGGUUCCCCUCCAUAAGCCAAAACAAGCUCUUUUACUGAUUAAGCAAUUCCUUUCAGGCAGUCCAAUGCCAACUUUAUCUGAGCAUGCAUCCUUUUAGUUCAUGCAUUUUAUAUUACAUUUCAGCAAAUUUGAUGCUUAAAAAAUGCUGAACUUUUUGUGAUAUUUUCUGAAGAAUUCUUAGAUUUUGUUUGAAACAGCUUUCUUAAUUCUUUCAAAAACAGUUUUUUAGUACUAAAAAACUAUUUUAAACAAUAAGAAAGCCAUUCCAAACGAAACUGAUGAUUUGAAAGAAAAUUUUCCUGAUCAAUAUGUAAGCUAUGAUCAAUAUGUAAGCUAUGUCAUGCACAUUAUUCUAUCAGGCUUAAGUACAGAUUGCAAGAACUAAUAAUAUGGGGAAUUUUAUUUUGUUUAACAGAUCAAAUAAAAAUGUUUGUGCA